GUCGCACAGAGCGUCUGAACGCGAGGUCGCCGUCGGAAGCGACUGUCCUGAUGACCGAUCCUCACUUCGAACCGGGUGACCUCGUCGUGUGGGGAGCGCACAACCAAUUGCGGUCAUGACCGACAUGGAUAUAUGCCUACUUAUCUAAUGCCGGCUAUGCGCUAUGUAGCAUCUCCUCCAUCCACCAUGCUGUCCAGAUUGAUGAUACGCCAGGGCGCAAGCCCACUGACACGUUCGAUGGCGACUCAAGCGCGAGGACUCCCUGCUCUCCUCGAGAAGAAGCCCCAUGACGUGGUCAUAACGUUCGCGAAGCGUACCGCGAUGGCUCGCGCGAGGAAGGGCCAGUUGAAGGACAUUCCGGCUCUCAUCAAGGCGACCCUAGAGCAGACCAAAUUAGACCCAGCCAAGCUCGAAGAUAUUUGCGUCGGGACGUGCCAUCCGCCAUCACCGACGUAUAUAUCUCGAGCUGCAGCCCUUGCCGCUGGAGUACCGGCAGAUGUACCUGUCUCUGCUGUCAACCGACUUUGUGGCUCUGGCCUACAGGCUAUCAGGAUCAUUGCCAGUGCAAUUCAGGCCGGUGACAUGACUCUUGGAAUGGCCGUAGGUGCUGAGAGCAUGUCCCAAAAGUGCUCCCCGUCCAUCCCCGAGAUUGUGCCGCCAGUCGAUGCUAAUUUUCAAGCACACGACUGUGUCCAGCCGAUGGGCUGGACAUCUGAGAUGGUCGCCCAGACGUACAAGGUCCCGAGACACAAGCAGGACGAGUACGCGUUCAUCUCACAUAGUCGCGCCGAGAAGGCUACUAAGUCCGGCGUCUUCGCAGACGAGAUCAUACCGGUCGAGCUGCGAGGUGCGGUGAUUUCGGUUGACGAUACCAUCCGUCCGGGGACUACGCUCGAGGGACUCUCGAAGUUGAAGUCGUCGUUCCCUGAUUGGGGAGAUGCUUCCACGACGGCGGGCAAUGCGAGUGGUCUGGGCGAUGGUGCCGCGCUCUGCAUACUGACGACUCGCGAGCGUGCGGAGAAAGAAGGCUUUGAGAUCCUGGGCAAGUAUGUUACCAGCACCUUCGUCGGUGUGGAGCCCAAGUACAUGGGCAUCGCUCCGGUUGCCGCUGUGUCCAAAGUCCUGUCGCAGGCCGGGUUGUCCAAGGAAGAUGUCGAUGUGUACGAGAUCAACGAGGCAUUUGCGUCGCAGUUCGCGUACUGCGUAGAACAGCUGCAGAUUCCUAUGGACAAGAUCAACCCGAAUCCGACAACACAUGCUUUUCGGAUAGCAUUGUCUAACGCGUAUGUUGUAGCUGGCGCACGUCAAGUCGUCACUGGUCUUGCAGAGCUCAGGCGUAGAGGAGGGAGCAUCCUAUGCACAAGUAUGUGCAUCGGCAGCGGGAUGGGAGGAGCAGGAGUCUUCGUGAACGAAUCUCGUUGACUCUGAUUCAGAAGAGCUGCCUGAGUUAGAGUAGGGACACUACAUCAGGCUGAAUCGGCGCUGCAGUGUUUUUGCAUCGCGUCAGAAUGUACCUUCUGCGCUUGCUGGAAAACGGGUUUUGUUUUAACUGAGCCUGACGCAUGAUAACUACUCGGUGCGCAUUCUUGUGACUGUACGGCACAAGCCUCAAAUUACACUUGGACUCGGACUACUAUGGACACUGGCAGGUUGGCCGGCGCUUAGGAAGUCCGUCACGCAGUUGUCACACUUUGUCAUGUCACAGAAGGAGCGAUCAUCCUUGGGCAAGGCGAGCGAUCUACACA